AUGGGCAGCGAACCUCAAAGCGUCUCAGCAGCCAAUGGCAGUUUGCCCGCCCAAAAGGCCCAAAUCGAGCUUCGCUUGCAAGCCCUUUGGUCUUCUGUCCUUGCACUAGAUCUGGACAGCAUCAAACCCGAUGACAGUUUCUUGCGUCUAGGUGGCGAUUCGAUUUCGGCCAUGAAACUGGUCGGCAAUGCACGAGAGCAAGGACUUCUUCUCAAUGCUGCUGAUGUGUUCAGGCAGCCGACACUACAUCGUAUGGCAGGCAUGGUCAGCAAGCUUCCAGAAGGCGACACCGUUGUUGCUCCUUUCGCCUUACUCCAGGAGCCUCGUGACGUGGCAUCGAUUCGAAAUGAAGCUGCUACCGCUUGUCAAGCCGAAGCUGCCGAUAUCGAAGAUGUGUUCCCUUGCACACCUCUGCAAGAAGGUCUCCUUGCACUGACGGCAAAGCAUCCAGGAGAUUACGUCGCUCGAUAUGCAUUUCGAUUGCUGCCUACCACCGACGUUCAGCGUCUACGGAGCGCAUGGAUUCAAGUGGUGGCAGCUAAUCCGAUACUUCGCACACGCAUCAUUGAUAUCCCGACACGAGGACUGGCCCAAGUGGUCAUGAAACAUUCAACAACGCAGGCCUGUCAAGCUACAAACACGACCCUUGCUGAGUAUCUCGACUCAGAUCUCUUAGCCCUGACCGGUCUGGGGCUGCCACUCGUACGAUCUGCCGUCUUGCAGGAGUCUCAUGCAGACACAGAGCUGUCAAGGAGCUUCCUUGUUUGGACUGUCCACCAUGCAGUGUACGAUGGUUGGUCGAAGACCAUUCUCCUCGAACAACUUGUCAAGGCCUAUCAUUCUGCACAGGACCCGAGCAAGGGACUGCCUACUGCAAUCCAGCCUCAAUUCCAGGCUUUUGUGAAGCAUAUCAAAGCUGUGCCAGAGGAUGAACUGAUCAGUUUCUGGUUCACUCAAUUUGAAGAUCUUGAGGCAGAACCCUUUCCUCUAUUGCCUUCACCAGACUAUCAGCCGAGGUCUAAUGAAGGAAGGACGCUCACUGUUGACGGAUUAAAGUGGCCAAGCCACGCCGGUGUGACGCCAACAGUCGUUCUUCGUGCUGCUUGGAGCAUUCUGAGCUCAAAAUACACCAACGCCAAGGACACUUUAUUUGGCGUCACUGUGAGUGGUAGACAGACAGCCUUUCGCGGUGUAGAACAACUCACUGGACCAACCAUCGCCACAGUACCUUUACGAGUCAUUCUGGAUCCAGCCAUGAGUGUUCAAGACAUACUUCUCCAAAUUCAGCAGCAGGCUGUUAGCAUGACAGAGUACGAACAAGCUGGGCUUCAGACAAUCCGCCGUGUCAGCCCACAGGCGGCAAGAGCCUGCGACUUCAACUCUCUACUUGUGAUCCAACCCCGCAUAGAUAGAGAGGACCAGGAUGCCCUAGGCAGCCUUUUCGUGACUGACAGCCAAUAUCGCGCAGGAUCUGAGGAUGAGAUGGCAGAGUUCCGCACAUACGCACUAUCUUUGGAGUGCCAACUGCACGAUGACAAUGUAGGGAUCUUCGUCCGAUUCGACUCUGUCGUGCUAGGUGGUGAGCAAGUGGUCCUACUCAUGCAACAGCUAGGGCAUAUCGUGCGUCAGCUAUGUAAUGCUCAUCUUGCCCAAACAAAGCUCGCAGACCUUGACUUUGUAUCGCAACAGGACCUUGAAAAGAUCUGGGGCUGGAACUUGACUGUGCCACUUGGUGUUGAGAGCGCCGUCGUACAUGGUUUGAUCGCCGAAAAAAUGAAACAUCAACCAGAAGCUCAGGCAAUUUGCGCAUGGGAUGGCGAAUGGACCUAUCGUGAGCUCGACGAGCUAUCGACCUGUCUGGCGCACCAGAUCGUGGGCCAAGGAGUCAAGCCUGGAGUGAUCGUGCCGCUGUGCAUCGAGAAGUCGAAAUGGAUGCCUGUAGCCAUGGGUGCGGUUAUGGAAGCUGGUGGUGCAUCAAUUGCUCUUGAUUAUGCACAGCCGGAGCAGAGGCUCCUCAGCAUUAUGCGGCAAGUAAGUCUAGUCAUUAUACUAACCUCAGCAGCAAACGAAAGCCUCGCCCAUCGCUUGACUGCUGGCCCGGUGGCUGUAGUCGACGAACGGCUGACGAAUAGAUUGACUCUGAAUACAGGCCGAACAUUACCGGCGGUACAACCGUCUGAUAUGCUCUAUCUGGUCUUCACAUCUGGCAGCACUGGUGAGCCUAAGGGUGUUGUUGUCACCCAUGCAAACAUCACCAGCGCGAUCCUUCACCAGCGAGGAUGCCUCGGGUUCAGCAGCAAGUCACGCCUCUUCGAUUUCGCAUCUUACAUGUUCGACGUCGUGUGGUGCAACCUAGUCCAAGGACUUUCAGCUGGUGCUUGCAUCUGUAUUCCGAGUAACGACGACCGACGCAAUGAUAUGGUAGGAGCGGCAAUCAGGCUCUCAGUCAACACAGCUAUCCUUACGCCAUCCAUCGCUCGUGGCCUUGACAUGAAGGCGCUCGAAAACCUGACUCAUGUGUUUUUCAUUGGAGAGCCACUGUCCACGAGUAUUUGUGAUGGUCUGCCUCCGAACACCGUGGUCACAAACUUAUACGGGCCUACUGAGUGUACCACAUUCAGUACAGCUCAGGUGGUCGAUAGAACGUCGUUGAAGCACAUUAGUAUUGGUACCGAUGUCGGCCUGAACACAUGGCUGGUAGACCCUUCCGAUGACUCCAAGCUUGUACCCAAAGGAUGUAUUGGAGAGCUCCUGCUUGAAGGUCCUCUUGUCGCAGCGGGCUAUCUCGGUAAAUCUGCAACCACUGCGACCGUCUUCGUCAACGACUUAGCCUGGCUUCUCGAAAAUCCCACAAGUGCUGGCCCCGAAGGUCGUCGAAGCCGAUUGUACAAGACUGGAGACCUCGCAAGGUACAACAUCGACGGCACCCUAGAAUUUCUCGGGCGGAGGGACUCUCAGGUCAAGCUGAACGGCCAGCGUGUCGAAUUGGGCGACAUCGAGCACCACAUCAAGGCAUGUCUGGAGCAUAGUGAAUAUAUCGACGUUGUCGCGACAGUCGCAAAGCCGCAAGUAAGCAAUAAGGAAGUGCUCGUUGCCUUUCUGAAAAUCCACAAGCUGUCUUCUUUCGAUGACAUGGCGUUCGAUGCAGCCUUCAAAAAGGUCACAAACGUACUCAAUAGCAGACUCCGUGCUCGUGUGCCAGCUUGCAUGAUCCCUUUAGCAUACAUCCCGCUGGACUGUAUUCCGACUACCCCCAGUGGUAAAACCGAUCGGCGCAAACUCCAGACUAUGGCUCAAAGAUUGAGCUUUCAAGAAGUGGCUGCGGCAACUUCUGAUUCAUCUCUCUCAGAAAAGAGACAGCCUUCUACAGAUGUCGAAAUGUGUCUGCAAAGCUUGUGGGCAGCUGUCCUGGGUCUGGAAGCCAUGGAUAUCAGUGCGACUGACAGUUUUCUGCGCAUUGGCGGCGACUCCAUAUCAGCCAUGAGACUUGUCGCUGCUGCUCGUAAACAGGCUCUUCCCUUAUCGGUUGCAGAGGUUUUUCAGCACCCAAUUUUGAGCGACAUGGCCCUUGCCGCUCAGAUGCUGGAGAUCAAUCAUAUACCGGAGCAGAUUGCGCCAUUCACGCUAAUGCUCAAGGCAGGUAGCACUGCUGACCAUCUGAGACAGCAGAUUGCUAGCCUGUUCGAUGAUGUCAAGGCUUCUCAAGUGGAUGAUGCUUUUCCCUGUACACCAUUGCAGGAAGGAUUGCUCGCACUUACAAGCAGGCGCAGAGUUGGCAACAAUCAAGUCAAUUAA